AUGGCCUCUGGGACAAGAACUAUGGAGGACAACAUGUCUUUAAAUGUGAUAUCUUCUGUUUAUGCAAUCUGCAGUGAUGCGGCCGGGUUGCAGGAAACAUCUUUGCUUUCAUGCUGUUCUUGUCGCCUAUGUAUCAUCCUGGUGGCAACUGUCGAUUCCAUUGGGGCGGUUUUCCAAACGCUAUACAUCUCCAUCUUCAUCGCAUACGCCGAAAAGCCGAUGAAGUUAAAGAUGUUUGGGUUCCUGGUAUCGGUUUUCGCCGUAUUCGCUUCGAUCGUCUUCAUCAGCCUCGAGCUCUUUGACUCCCCGGCACGGCAAUUGUUCGUCGGAUACUUGAGCGUCGCGUCCCUAAUCUCCAUGUUCGCCUUCCCUCUACUCAUCAUUGUAAGUUCACUAAACGCUUUCGCCUUUUUCCGAUAUUCCGACGAAAUCGACUCUCUCAUCCGUUUCCUCUUCCAGAAUUUGGUGAUCAAGAUGAGAAGCGUCGAGUACAUGCCGUUCUCGCUCUCCUUGUGUUUGAAUCUUUGUUGUGAAAAUUCUCUGCCAUUGAUGCAUGUUCGUAAUGGAAUUGGAACAGUUCCGGGGAUUGCACAAUUGGCCUUGUAUGCCUAUUUCGAGAGAACAAAGGUGCUUUUGGCAGUACGUAGUCAUCGUCUUGAGAAAUUCCUCACUGGUGACAUCAAUCCACCACCGGCGACGGUGGUUCUGGAAAAUGCUUCGACUACUGAAAAUUAA